AUGCCAACAGUGGCGUUGUGGUGGAAAUUCCGUGACAGCGGAAUAUGGCCCCAAAAAAUACCUUUCGUUCUCCAAUCUCGGAAAAAGUCUGGUGCUGAUGUUGGUGGCGGAACAACGCAAAACUUGCUCUUGGACAAAACAUCGUGGCAAGCCCAGCCUCGAAUCCAACAUAUACCCACACUUACUAUAUGGCGUGAAACUCCUUCCGAUCAUAACCCUUUUGUUGCACAUCUUAAAACCGCCACAUUCCGCAGCAUCCAUCAAGAUGUGUCGGGAUAA